AUGGGUUCUCUUUUCUCAAGACACAGGCAUCGAUCAAGAAUUACAGAACAGGAUAAAGCUGUUCUCCAGUUAAAACAGCAACGUGAUAAAUUAAAUCAAAUGACCAAAAGAAUUGAACGUCAGAUUGAAUGUGAACAUGUCUUAGCCAAAGAACUCGUUAGCCGUGGAAGAAAAGAACGGGCUUUAUUACUGCUUAAGAAGAAAAAAUAUCUUGAAAAUCUUAUACAGAAGACUGAAAUUCAACUAUCAAAUAUUGAACAGCUAGUCAAUGAUAUUGAAUUUGCUCAAAUCGAAGUUGAAGUUUUAGAUGGUAUCAAACAGGGAAAUGAUGCCUUGAAGAAUAUGCAAAAAGUGAUGUCAUUGGAUGAUGCAGAGAAAAUUAUGUCAGAGGCACAAGAUGCUGUUGAUUAUCAACGUGAACUAAAUGAUCUUGUAUCCGGUGGUCUGUCUUCAAAAGACUAUGAUGCUAUUGAACGUGAUCUAGCGCGUCUGGUAGAGGAUGAAGUUUCAAGGCUUCCAGAAGUACCAGAACAUCCUAUCAGAGAUGAUAAAUCUAUCGAUGAAAGAGCUAAAGAUUCACCUCGUAAGCAGAGGAAUAGAGAAGUUGUGAUUAUCGCCAGUUAA